AGUGACGAUGCUUUUGAAUCAAGCCACUGACCAGGGCGGCUCGUGCUGGCUAUCCGGCACACGAUCACACUGGUAGGUAAGUUGCGCCCUCGUCCACACGUUUCUCUCUUGUCGUCUACAAUCCUCUCACCCCCUCUCUCCUUCAAAUCUUCCUCCUCUAUCUUCAUAUCAUCAUGCCUACCGAGUCUCCUUAUCCGCGUAUUCAGGUCCCAAAGGUUGGUCUCUGGGACUUUCUGUUCGAGAGGAAGGAUAGACCAUACUCGGACGACCAUGUUGUCUUCCAAGACGCCUUCACCAAACGCUCAUACACCUAUUCCCAGACUCGCAAUACCGCCAUUGACUUUGGCAAAGGCCUGAAAGGCGCCUGGGACUGGCAGAAGGGAGAUGUCAUUGCCAUGUUCACCCCGAACAGUAUCGAUACUCCCAUCGUCAUGUGGGGUGCUCAUUGGGCAGGAGCCACUGUCUCUCCUGCCAACCCUGGUUACAGCGCAGACGAAUUGGCUUUCCAGCUGAAAGACUCGGGAGCAAAGGCUUUAAUCACACAAUGGCCCGUCAUCGAAACCGCUCGGGCCGCCGCAAAGAAGGUCGGUCUACCGGAAGACCGCAUCAUCUUGAUCGGCGACCAGAAAGAUCCCGAAAUGAGGUUCAAGCACUUUACCAGCAUCCGCAACACCGCGGGAACCAAUCGCUACCGUCGUACCAAGGUUGAUCCUGAGAAGGACCUGGCCUUCUUGGUGUAUUCUAGUGGUACGACUGGCCUUCCUAAGGGUGUCAUGCUGUCGCACAGCAAUAUUGUUGCAAACACACUUCAGGUUGGCACGGGAGAAGCACCAUUGACAUACGAGGACAGAAUUUUAGCCUUCCUUCCGUUCUUCCAUAUCUACGGUUUGACGGUCAUCCUACAUAUGAGCUUCCACAAAGGCUGCCGAACGGUGGUUAUGCCUAAGUUUGAUAUCGAAGACUUCUGUCGUAUCACACAAGAAGAAAAGAUCACUUUCGUGUGGGUCGCACCGCCCGUGGUAUUGCUUUUGAGCAAGCACCCAGUUGUUGAAAAGUACGAUUUGAGCACAAUUCGUAUGAUGAACUCUGGUGCAGCCCCACUGACCAAAGAGCUUGUGAAUGCGGUAUAUGACCGUACGAAACUCAAGGUCAAGCAAGGAUAUGGUUUGAGUGAGACUUCGCCGACCACUCAUACUCAGCAAUGGGACGUUUGGCAAAGCACAGUAGGCAGUGUUGGCAUUCUGCUACCCAACAUGACUGCCAAGUACAUGUCGCCGGAGGAGAAGGAAGUUCCAGUUGGUGAGGUUGGUGAGCUUUGGCUCAAGGGCCCCAAUAUCUUCCAGGGUUACCUGAACAACCCCGAGGGAACUGCGAACGCCUUGACUUCGGAUGGAUACUUCAAAACAGGUGAUGUCGGCUAUCAAGACAAGGACAACAACUUCUUCAUCACCGAUAGAGUCAAGGAGUUGAUCAAGUACAAGGGCUUCCAAGUGCCACCAGCAGAGCUUGAAGGCUAUCUCGUUGCUCAUGACAAGAUCGAUGAUGUUGCAGUCAUUGGCAUCUACAGAGAGGAUCUCGCGACAGAAGUCCCUAGAGCAUACAUCGUGCCUAGCAAAGGUGUCGAAGCUGGUAAAGCUCUCGAGGACGAAAUUGUCAGCUGGAUUGGUGCAAAGGUCGCAAAUCACAAGAAGCUAAGAGGUGGUGUCAGAUUUGUGGAUCAAAUCCCCAAGAGUGUCAGUGGAAAGAUUCUACGACGAGUUCUGAAGACGCAAGCCGAGGAAGAGGCGAAGAAGGGUCAAAAGGCGAAGUUGUAGUUGAGACAUUCUUGGACAAGACUGGUGUCCGAUGCUUUUGGAGCAGUGGCUGGUGGAUUAUAUCCGAAUCAAAUAGAUAAAUGUACGAUACCAAAUAUGAGGAAUUCCCACAGACAAG